AUGGGCAUAUUUGUCCGGCCAGCAAGCCCACCAGCCAAUUCGCAAGCCUAUCUGGAUAAGAAGGAUAUCGGAAUGUUCACGAUUCACGCGUCCAACUUGUCGAGCUGCCGCUUCAAAUCAGCUGUCAUCCCAUGCGAAUGCUUCAUGCAUAUUUCCCGAAAUUACUCCUUUGAAGAAGACAACAUUGUGGUAUUUUUUUAACAAAGGCAAAAUAUUUUCAUUUUCUGGAAAAAUUUAGAAGUCGAUUUUCGAAGUUGGACCACCAGAUGUGAAAAUUUCGGUUCCCAGUCAUCACGAUAUGCUCAACGAACUAACAGUUCAUAUUCAUCCAAAACUUUGUCGGCCCGAUAAUUCCACGAUAAACUUGGAUUACAGACCUUUCCAUGUAAUUUUUUUAUUUUUGUAUUUUGAAUAUAUAAAUUUUUUUAGGUGUUUCCGAAGGAUGAAGAAAGUUGGACUCCGGUUACAACAGUAGAGAAAACAUUGAAGUCCGGUCGAGCGAAAGUCGUUUUUGGGUGUCGUUAUUUUGCUAACCCCGGCUUCUACCGUGUCUCCAUUUCUUUCAGCCUCGUUAAUUAUACUCUAAAAGUGCGUUUUUUUUCUGAAAAGGACGUUUUUCUUAAUUAACCGUUUUGUGAUGAUAAUUUGGUCGAAAAGAAAGGAAAAAACGCCUGGAUCUCAUUUACAUUUUGCCUGACCAAUGACUUGGACUUUUUUUUCGUGAUUAUCUUUUUCUUUCUUCGUUCAAAAAAAAAAAGCGGUUUCAUCGCCUCUAAUGGACGGAUAGAUUGCCUUCAGUGCGAUUCCCUAGGGGCAGAAGUUUUUUUUACGACAUGACUUUUGGCGUUCUUUCAUUUGCAGCUCAAAACUAGGUUUGAACUUAGGUUGGUUGCAGGCCGAAAAGUGGAUAUCUGUUAAUGGAUCGUCUCAGAACAUGUUACGGUUAAGAGAAGGAAGCAUUUUUCCACAUUGCACUUCUGAUUACACUAUAGCGUGGACCACCUCCCAGGUGAAAUCGAAUUUAAGAGCAAGAGUCAAUGGAAAUUUCAGUGUCGAUUUGAUGCUUUGCACUACAGACUGAGAAUAUUGGCGAUUCCGGAGAAUGCAAAAAACCUCGAGGAUGAGGCUGUUUACAUUGGUUCGUUAUGAGCAUUGCAAGCAUCUGUCAUCAAAGGACAAAGCUCGAGGGAGCGAGAAUUUCCCAUGAAACAUAUAUUUAGAUGUCCGUCACCUCAAAAAAAAGUUUUUGGAAAAAGAACUAUUAUGAGCACAGUAAAUAACGUCAAUUAAUUUCUAGCCACCUUUUUUUAUUUUCAAAGUUUGAUUUCGACUCUCUUUAAUAAGUGCAAGGUUAAACUAGCUGUUUUUUAAAUCUUUCAAAUCUCCAAAUUAUACUUUUUUUGCCCUUUUGUAAGUCGUUUUAUGGUCUGGUGCGCUUCAAAAAGCAACAGGAAAAAAUAAGUAAUGCUCUGUAUUAUUCAAAUUUAAAAGGUGCGGCUGAUGAAAUUUAUAUCGUAUUUUUCAAAAUAACGUUUGCUAAUUUAUAAAAUUUCAAAAAUUACAGAAGAAAUCGGCUUAACAGAAGAACAACAUGAUUUGAAACUCAGCUGCUCUCAAUUCGACAUCAUCUACGAGAAAUACUGUUUCGAUCUCGUGUCUGUCAAUAAGAACACCUCGAUCUCUCACACUUGGCAUUCCCUGUGCGCGAGUACCGAGCCAGGUGAGGUUUUUAUAAAAAGCAUGGUUAGAUAUGUUGCUCAGACAAUCACAGUAGUAUUAAUUAUUUCGAAUCUUGAGGUAUCUUUUGAAAACAUCAAAUCCACGAAUAAGUUAUCCCGUCACGGUUUUUUGUAAAAUGAAGAACCUUAGGUAAGAACCUGAUAAGACUUUCUUCUUUUACCUCUUCCUCCGUGAAUCCUGGCAAAACAAAUGUUUACGAACGAACCUUCUCUCAUUCAUUUCGAAGCCAUUUCCGCAAUUCAAUUACCAUUAUGAGCCUUCCUGGCGGCAAGGCAUGCUGACAAAGCCAAUUUGAUCGGAACGGAACAAUCUGGCCUCGUUGCCCUUGGAUUAUAAGUUCAUUUCGAUGUGCUCUUCAUACUUGAAGAUAUUUUUGCAAUGAGGCGAAAGGGUUUGGAGGAAACAAAAAGUGAAAUUGUUCAUCUCGAUUCGGAUAUUUAUUCAGUCCAACCGUCGAUCACAUCAUAAAGGAAAACUGAUUUGGCAGAAAAUGGUUGAAUUAUAAGUUGAACGAAUCUGCAACGAGCUGUUGAACAUUUGAGUCAGUGUUGAGAAUAGAACACAGAAAAUGUCAAAAUAUCAGCCUUUCUGCAUGUUAAAAUCAUUUUUUUUGCGUUCCAUGAUCUGGUAUUCAGGUUCAGGUUGUGGAAAGGCGUGAGAAAAAGUACACUUGACCUCCGCCGCGGACAUCUGCCAGCUCUGGCUACUGUUAAAACAAUGAUGCCUCCACGCACACAAGCAUAUGUCCAAUUAGACGCAUCUGCACCUUUUACCUGACCCGCCGAGGGCUUCCGAAAAACACAAAUAAUUCCAGUAAUAAGCAACAAGAUGAUUCUUUCGACUUGACAGCCAAUGUGGCAGCUGAGUGGGAGCAUGAUGAAUGGAAAAGCAUAAUUGCCGAAUCCAUAUGUUCUAAGCGGAAAUCACGGGCCCAACAAUGGUUGCUGUGGUUCCUCUUCUUGACUAUUAGCCUGCAUUUUUGAGCGCCGGGCUGUUUUGUUCCCUCAAGAGAGCUAUUUAACACUGUUUUCUUUAUAAUUGGACUUUUAGCCGAUUGGACGGAAGGCAGUGUGUAGUGAAAGGCAGAGAACAAAGAAAAAAUAUGUGAAAUCAUAAACUCCAAAGUUGUUUCAAGUUAAAACAGAAAAGGCUCCUUUUUUGGUUUUCCAGCUUUUUAUAUUUUACUUCAAUUUUUGAAGAGAAAGCUUGUUUUUCAAACAAAAAAAGAUUAGCCAUAGUCAAUAAAUAAGCAAUCUUAUAUCGCUAAAUGAAGUUUGUUUAUGAAUAAAAAAGUAUAUUUUUCCGCUCUUCGCAAAAAUUUUAGCAAGUUUCUGUUUUUAGACAUUGGGGCUUCAUAAAACUAACUUUUCGAGGUCUCUUAGGUGCGCGAUUCUCGGAAGCAAUAGUUUUGACGUGUUGCGCAAAACGCAAAAUCCGCACCAAUUUCCCAAGCAAUUAUAAACUUCUCUCUUUGUUUUUCUUGUUCCUGAAAAUUCAAGAAAGCGUUUCAGUGGAACGAAGAAAAGGCGGCUGGUCAGCGUGGAGCGAAUGGAGUCCUUGCACGGAGACUUGUGGACCCGGGACUCAGAGGAGAGUUCGGUAUUGCGAUGAACCGGUUCCUAAGCGUGCAAAGUAUUGUGAUGGUCCUUUGAUACAGUCACAAGAGUGUCAGCUUGCAAAAUGUCCAGGUAACUCUUUUUGAAUUGAAUAAUUAAUUCGAAUAAUAACAUUUUUCUAACAAAGAAAGCUCAAAAUCUCAGAGUUGGAAAUUUCACGACGGUUCAAAUUUUAAUAUGCUCAGAAAUUUAGUAAAUCUUGCUCUACGUUUUUAAAUCAUUUGCCAAAAAUAUUUAAAUAAACUUUUUUUUUAAAUACUACUAUUUUCAGAAGCAAUGAGGAACAUUGUACUUUCGUCAAACUGUUCAUGCGGAUGUGAUUUAUCAACCACGGCAAACUCAUUCUUUGCAUCUGCAAGGUGCUAAUUAAUCAUGAUUUUUUUAAUUUUUUAAUUUUUUUUUAGCUACAAUGGAGUUUGCAAAGGAAACCAGACUUGGACAUUACAACCGGUUUCCGGGACCAAUAUUGUCGAUUUUGAAGUUUCACAACCUCCCGGAACCCAUGGAAGGCUUUUUUUCUUCUUGAGAGCUCCUUAUGAGGUGAAUUUCAAUAUGUUGAGUUAACUCUUAUUUUUUCUUUCAGGAGUUAGUUUGGGCUUCAGGCUCCAACCAGGAAAUGCAGUUUUCUCUCCCAACUUACACUUCAAUUCAUAUUGUUUUAUGGAGUCGAAAAAAUGAAUCGUUUUCUCCAGAGAAUGGCUUUACGAUAUCUUAUUCUAUCCGAGGUGGGUUUUUUUCGAAAAAUUGAUUUAUGAUCUUUCACAAAAAGCUUGCUGAGGCUGCCAAUAUCACAAGAAGAGUAAAUUAAUUCUGGAACUACAUAAAUUUCUAAAAAAAGUUUGAAACACUACUUACUCUACCAAAUGAAGGUUCCAAAGGUUGAGCUUCUUCUUUCUGUAUCGAAAAAACGUUGAAUAUCCUCAGCCAACAGCAUGAAAUCAUGAAAUCCACCUUUUCGGUAAUUUCGCAAGUUGAGAAUCCAUCAGAUAAAUCAGCGUUUUUGCAAAUAUUCAAAAAACCAUUCUAAAAAGCUGUUGGUGGAUUUUCUUAUAUUCAAUCGUGAUUAUCAACGAAGAAAGCUUCAAAGAAUUUGUUCCCAGACAAUGAGAGCGAAUAAUAAAACGUCUGGUCAACUUUAUGAGAGCAAUAAAAUUCGGGUCAUUUUUUUGCUCACUAUUAACGGCGUUCUUCCUGGAUAUGGACAGGACGCGUGACUUGAUUUACGUAAUUACUGGCAAGUAUGUUUCGAGCCAAAUGGCUCUGCAUGAGCCAAAACGCCAUUGAAGGUUAUGGGACGAGGGAGGAGGGCAUAUGACGUUGAGUGAAAUGAAUGCGGUCAGCGAAGACAUGUCAAACGAAUCAUGCCGGCGGCGGUGGUUUCGCCUCUCGAACCAAAACUGAGAGGGAGAAAACGCAAUGAAAAGAAGUAUAGUUUUGAUGUGUGUGUGGCGUACACUAAUGAGAAUGCUAGAUGGAAUUUCAACAACCCUACGGCAUGAUUAAUUUAAGAGUUCUACCAAUUCGCCUUUCCGAUCUACUUUUUGGGAAAACACUUCCAAUGGAUUCGUGGACAAAGAUUGCUCGUCAAUCAUUCAUUUUUUUUUAUUUGGGCUGAAAUUUUUUUUGAAUAGUUCACUAGAAUGGACACAAAAGAGACAAUUUUACUGCAUUUUCAACGACACGGAAACUGUUCAUUAACGUCUUUCAAAAAAGAAACUGGCUUGUUAUUAGUUCAAAGAUAAUGGCGCUUUUGAAUUUCAUGAUGGUUUUCUGAAAAAUCCUCAAAUCAUGAGCAGAACGGUUUUUUUCGCGAAAAAAACCUCAAAACGGACUGAUAAAAUUAGAAGUUAAUUGUAGCCGAUUUUUUUAUUGUUAAAAAAAAUAAUGAAUUCAAUUAAGAAUCAGCGUGAUUGACAACCCAAAAAACAGAUCAAAGCUUUUUUCUAGUCGGUUUCCUUUCACAGUUUUCAAUCCGCAAAGAAAGUUUCUCAAGCAAAAAAUUUCCAAUUACAUCAGAAUUGGGUAGGAAGACAUAAAAUGAUAGGAUUCUUGAAAAUUAUGUUGAUUUCAACAACAUCAACAAGGAUUUGGACUGGAAAACCUUCGCGAAAUUAAAAAAAAACCUAGAAAAAUCACAGAGUAACACUCAAUUCACUUUUCAGGUAUGGACAACCAGCCUCUAGUUGCGUACUCCAAAUCUUGUCAGCCAUAUUGUACAGAAACGCUCGCCCUUGCGUUCAUGAGUGAGAUUUUUUUUUUCGGAAAACAUCCCAAUAAUUAUAAUUUGUGUUUCAGGUCUUCUAUUUAUUGUCAUUAUUUUCAUUCCGCCAAUCAUCUGCGCGUCAAUAACGGCAAGUUUACGCCGGAAUAGCACUCCUGAUUUACCGUUGAUGGAGAAUAAGUGAGUCCCUGGAAAAUCACAAAGAAUACACGCUUUUCAUUCAGAUACGACGCUGACAUGAUGAGAAGCGCAAAUACAGAAUACACACAAGUCAGCUCAAAAAAUUACGUUUCCAAAAGAAGCAUCGGGAUUCAACUCAGUGUGCAGAGCACUCCGAGGUCAGUUUAUGGAAGGCUGAAACAUUAUUUUUUCUGAACUAGAAGUUGAUAGUUUUUCCCGAUUCUUCAGAAAUUUGAAACGACUGGUCGAUUUCAGAACCGCCAGAGCGCACACUUCGGCUGAUUCACCUCUCCCCCCGCGGUUACAAUCUUCUCUGAGUGAAUGCGACGAGUUGGAAUACGACUACUACGAUGGAACGACUAUUCCAGGCUCCAUGCUGGCUCCCGUCGACAGAGACGUCAUGUUCUCCCAGAUCGACAUUGACCAAGUAGUAGAUACUCUAAUACUUCCGAAAUCGUCUUUUUUGCAGAUUAUUGGCCAGUCGGAACUUUUUAUCAACAACGUGGAGAAGCAAGACGUCCACACGCAAAUUUGA